AUGAGAGUUUUUAAACAAAUAGCGUGUUCAUCCAAAGAUUAUUUGAGAUUUGUUGUGUCGUUAUUGAAAGAAGAAGUUCGCAAUUGGUGGAAGACGAUUGAAGCCAUUGUACCAACAGAGAAAAUUACUUGGGAAUUCUUACAAAUUGAAUUUAAGAAGAAAUAUGUCAAUAGAAAGUAUUUGGAUAAGAAGAAAAUAGAAUUCCUUGAUCUACGACAGAGAAAUAAGACAAUAGCUGAAUAUGAAAGAGAAUUUGUUUAUUUCAGUAAAUGUGCUCGAGAUAUUGUACCCACAGAGGAAGAAAUGUAUAUCAGAUUUGAAGAAGGGCUAAAUGAUGAGAUCAGAAUGAUGAUAGGGGGCACUGAGAUACGAGAAUUCUUUGUUCUAUCAGGUCGUGCUUAG